AUGGAAGUAAACCAGAACAGUGUUAUUAGAGCGGCAGAUGCAGUGGAGGAAAAAACGAACUACGCAGUAGAUGUAAUAGGCAAUUCGCGUAUUGGAACCUACAUUCCUCUUGAAGUGCAGAGCCUAUCGCUCUACGAAAUGACAGAGUAUUCGAUGUUUUUCACAAUACUCGAGAUCAUUCCUGUAUAUUUGAUGGCACAUGCAGAUGGAAAAGGCACAUUUACACACAUCAUCGGCAUGAUUCUUAUCAUCGUUGCAAUAAUGUCCAUAGGCCUUAGUCUUGCUGCUUUCUACACAAAAAUGUUUGAGUUGUACAAAUACGUUGUAAUAAUGUCCAUGGUCAAGAUCCUGAUCGCAUCAAUCACUGUAAUUUUCCUGAACCUUAGUAGCUGGUACAUUGUGAUUCUUGCACUUAUAUAUGCAUUGAAGAUUAUUGGAUUUGAAGGAUUGUUUCUGUACUAUCUUGCCAUUCUCUUCAGAAGGAUUCAGUCUGAUGAGUAUGACUCCCAUGGCGAAAAAAUCAAGGUGGAUGGACAUACCAUGGAAGAAGUAUGA